UUUACCCUUUAACCCUUUGCCCAGGUUCUCAGAGGAGGACCUGGAGAUGUGACUUGGUCCUCAUUGAGCUUGAGAGCCGACCCGCCUGAUGCGAUAAAAUUAUGACAAGCUUUAGUUAGAGCCAAAUACCUUCAAUUAAUUAUAUAAAAAAUGAACGCUUGAUUAACAUCAACUGGCACAACAAAAUUGCCAUUACUUUGAAGUGAAAUGUAAAGAAAUAAACAUAAAAGCACUAAUUCAAAAUAAAGUGCAUUCAUAUGCGGCUCCCACAUUAAAGGCCAAAUGUGAACUAAGGUUGGCCAACCAUGUUUUUGAAUAAUAUCAAUGGCUAAACAAUUAUAAGCAUAUUUUCUUUUUUUUUUUUAACGCAACCCUUCCAGAUUCUUUGUUUAACCCAUAGCAACGCCCUUGACAACGAAAAUGCUUUUCUUCGGCAAUCUUCGGAAAUCUUCGGAAAUUACGUCACACCUAGACGUGCGAGGGAAGUCCACCAUAGAACAGUAUCGUUUGUUGCAUUGCUUCUCGGCGGUGUGUGGCGAUGUUUUGUUCUCACUCAAACGAAAAGUUGUAUGAGUGGCCGAAGGAUACCAGGGCACGUAAAUGGACAUCUUUUGUUCGCACGAAGCGAAUGAAUUUCACGCCAUCAUCGAGUAGUUUUCUCUGCUGCAAACAUUUCGAAGAUGCCUGCUUCCUUAACCGGUCUGCUUAUGAUCAAGGAUUUGCCAAAAAUCAUCGACGUCUCAAAAAGGAUGCUACCGCUGCUGCUGUUGCUGUUGCUGCUACUGAAAGAGAGCAGAGGGCAAAUUGAUGUGUGCGGGCGAGCCAAUCUCAACAACCGAAUUGCUGGGGGUGAUGUGGCCCCCGAUGGCGCGUGGCCCUGGCAGGCCAGUCUGACCUUUUUUGGGCGUCACUUCUGUGGGGGUACACUCAUCAACAACCAGUGGGUGCUGACGGCCGCGCACUGCAUGGUUGUCAGUCCAGACCUAAUGGUAGUGCAUUUGGGUCGUCAGCGCCAGAGCGGUCCCAAUCCAAAUGAGCUGAACUUUAACGUCUCGAUGGCCAUCGUCCAUCCCGAAUACGACGUAGACACCGUCGACAACGACAUGACCCUCCUGCUGCUUUCUGCACCGGUCAACUUCAAUGAGUUCAUAAAGCCCGUUUGUCUGGCUGCAGCCACGAGCACCUUCUUCGCCGGAACCAACAGCUGGGUCACUGGAUGGGGAUUCAUUGGCGAAGGAAUUCCUCUGCCACCGCCAGGGGACCUGAUGGAAGUUAAGAUGCCAGUGGUUGGAAACCGCAAAUGUUUUUGCCAAUAUUGCUUCAUAAAUAUCACCGAAAACAUGAUUUGUGCUGGCCUGACUCAGGGAGGAAGAGGCGGCUGCCCGGGUGAUUCCGGCGGUCCUUUGAUGAGCAAAAAUGGGUCCGUGUGGGUUCAAAGCGGGGUGGCGAGCUUCGCAUUUGGUUGCGGCCAGCCAAGGUUCCCAACCGUCUUUGCACGGGUGUCCCAGUACCAAGACUGGAUCAUCAACCAUACGGGUGUCGAAAACAUGCCGGGCUUCGUCACUUUCACGUCGCCGGGCACCGAUUCGGACCUACAUGAGAGCUGUGCUGCCUUGCCACCAAUCGACAAUUGCCCCGGCGGUGUCGAAAUGUUCUGGAAAUGCUUCGGGGACAAGCGUGACGAUUGUAACCGUGCGCCCCCGAUCACACUUUGAUUCACCAAAGAUAAACAAAAAAAACAGCAAUGUUUUUGUCGAUUGAAAAGAUACAAUAAAGUCAAGAAAUUUCUCAGUUUUCAGUUUUCUUUCAGUACUGGAA